AUGAGCUGCAGCGCGUGCUCCGUGAAAGCCAGCAUGGGCUCCAUCCCUGGCUGCCAUUGCGAGGAACGCGUUUCUGGCGCCGACAAGGCCGCGGAGUCCUCGGCCAGGCUCGCUGACUGGGUGAAUGACCGCAGCGAACCUCGCACAGUCGUCCUUGGCGCAGAGGGCUUUCAAGGCUGGUCCUACUGGAAGCCGCCCGUGCCUGGCCAGGGCAGCGGGAGCGGCAUUGGGGGAUGGGCGGCGGCCGUUGAAACCACUCCAGAGCCGGCAGCGCAGAAGUGA